AUUGUCCACAUGCACCCUUCGGGGAGCUACGGUAUUUUCCAAACUGGAUCUGCGGUCCGGAUACUGGCAGAUACGGAUGGCGGACAACUCAUCCACAAAACUGCUUUCCGAACUCGGUACGGAUCGUACGAGUAUUUGGUAAUGCCGUUCGGACUCACCAACGCACCGGCAACGUUCCAAGCCGAAAUGAACCACAUUCUACGACCACUUCUUGGACGAAUGCGUGGUGGUGUACCUGGACGACAUACUCAUCUACUCGCGCGACAUGAAGCAGCACGUCGAACACCUGCGACGCGUCUUCGAAAUUCUUCGACGAGAACGAUUCUACGUCAAACUGUCCAAGAGCGAAUUCGCCCUGAGAAGGUCCAUUCUCUAGGACACAUGGUGAGCGCUCAAGGAGUUCACGUCGACCCCAAGAAAAUCGAAGCCGUACGUACGUGGAAGACACCCGAGAACGUGAAGGAGUUGCAGCAGUUCCUAGGCUUCGCUAAUUACUACAACAGCCUCUUCCUGUCCCAGAACAACCAUGGCAAGUGGUUAGCCUGGACUUCAUCACCGGGUUACCACCUACCUCCAGCGGUCAUGACGAUCCUUGUCGUCAUUGACAAGUUCUCCAAAAUGGGACACUUCAUCCCGACACACACGAGCACGCACCGAGGAGACAGCACAACUCUUCGUUCGUACAUCAUCUCACAGCAUGGCAUUCCAACACACUCAUCUCCGACCGAGACCCCAAGUUCACCAGCAAGUUCUGGAAGGAACUUAUGUCUCUCUCGGACCAAACUCGCCAUGUCAUCCGCAUACCAUCCGCAGACAGACGGACAGACCGAGCGCCUCAACCAAAUUGUUGAGCAACUCCUCCGAGCAGCCUGCAAGGACGAGAUCUCCAAAUGGGACUUGCACCUGCCCGUACUAGAGUUUGCUUACAACAACGCUACACAUGCCGCUACUGGACAGACGCCGUUCUUCCUCUGCUACGGACGCCACCCACUCACACCACAGAAACCGACAACAUCAGCAACAGUCCAACCUGCACAUGAUUUCAUCACAACCAUGCAUCAGCUUUGGGAUCGGACCCACAAGCGCCUCCUUGACAUUCAACAGCAACAGAAGCGCCAGGCCGAUCGCCAUCGCAACGACCACACCAUCACCCAUCUCCCAUCUAAACUUCGACCUCGCUUCUGCGGGCCUUUUCUCGUUGAAGCACAGGUCACUCCUGUUACCUUCCGCUUACGCCUGCCAGCUACCUGGAAGAUUCACAACGCCUUCCAUGUCCAACUUCUGAAGCCCUAUCGGGAUCCGAACACGAUCUUCGUCGGACGCCAACCGCCGCCGCCGCCAUCCGUCCUCGUCCAGAAUGAACCCGAGUACGAGGUCGAGUCCGUGCUUGCACACCGCCGUCGUCGGAAUGGCACCGUGGAGCUUCUCAUCCGUUGGAAGGGUUAUGAUCCUUCUGAGGACAGCUGGGUACCUGAGUCCGACAUGGGUAACGCCCGUCGUCCUCUGCAUGACUACCUUGUCAAGCAGGGUGUUACUUCUACCACCAGGGGGGAAGUGUGAGAGUACGACCCCGUUACACCACUU